UGUAAACCAACACACUGAGCUGACAGCUUGUUAAUGUAGAAGGCUAACAUCCCGGGGAUAUUUUAGCGCGACGUUACAUCGGUAUCGGAGCUGUAACUCUGUCAUAAUGCCGUGCUCAGACUAUGACCCGGCGUCUCUGCCCGACUUAUUACCGCUGUACUACCGCCGGCUGUUCCCCUUCUCUCAGUAUUACCGCUGGCUCAACUAUGGAGGAGUGCAGAAAAACUACUUUCAGAAUCGAGAGUUCUCCUUCACACUGAAAGACGACAUCUACGUCCGCUACCAGUCGUUCACCACCCAGAAUGAGCUGGAGAAGGAAAUGCAGAAGAUGAACCCUUACAAGAUUGACAUCGGAGCAAUAUACAGUCACAGGCCAAAUCAACACAACACUGUGAAGUCAGGGACCUUUCAGGCUCUGGAGAAGGAGCUGGUGUUUGAUAUUGAUAUGACCGACUAUGAUGAUGUCCGAAGCUGCUGCAGCGCUGCAGACAUUUGCUCCAAGUGCUGGACUCUGAUGACCAUCGCUAUUCGUAUACUGGAUCGAGCUCUUCGAGAGGACUUUGGUUUCCAGCACCUGCUGUGGGUUUAUUCUGGCAGAAGAGGAGUGCAUUGUUGGGUGUGUGAUGAAGCAGCCAGGAAGCUCUCUGUAGCCGCUCGCUCUGCUGUGGCAGAAUAUCUCAGCUUGGUAAAGGGUGGUGAAGAGACGGUGAAGAAAGUCAUGCUGACAGAGCCGAUUCACCCUUUCAUCAGAGAGUCUUUAGUAGUUGUGGAGCGAUACUUUCCCAGAUACGCGCUGCAGGACCAGGACAUACUGGGCCGCAAGGAGUCUGUAGACAAAGUGCUGGCACUCGUCCCUGAGGAUGUAAGAAAAGACCUACAGCAGGAUUUCCAAAAUGAGAAGAAGCCAGAGACUCGUUGGAAGCUGGUCAAGGACCAAGCCAGUAAGAAGCAGGCAACUGCCAAAAAGUUCCAGCACUUCGAAAAAGAAAUCAUGCUGCAGUAUUGUUACCCACGGCUCGAUGUGAAUGUCAGUAAAGGUGUGAACCAUCUGCUGAAGAGUCCUUUUAGUGUCCAUCCCAAAACAGGACGCAUCUCUGUUCCCAUUAACCUCAAAGAAUUAGAUACGUUUGAUCCCUUUGCUGUACCCACCAUCAGUCUCAUCUGUGAGGAGUUGGAUCGGCCCAGGCCAGGCGAAGAGGAAGAGAAGUCAGAGGAAACAAAGGAGAAGGAAAAUGAGAAAGAUGCAGCAGAGAGGUGGAAGAUUAGAGAUUACAAAAGAACCAGCUUGGCAAAGUAUGUGAAACACUUUGAUCAGUUUCUAGAUGGAAUGGCUCGGGCAUGGAAAGGAGAACUUCUCAGAAAGAGCGAUCUUCAGAAAGAAUUCUGAACUGGACCAACAGUCAGAGAACGACACCUCUGAAGAGGCACAGCUUGUAGCUCUGUGGUAUUGAGUGGGGCUAAUGAUGCAAACUUGGCCUCUUUUUAAGGUGUAAUGGGGACAUUUUUCAGACGGACAAUAAUUUCAACCAAAUCUGUUGAUUGUUUUGCUCUGCUGUGACUCAGUAAUUGUACAUUAAUACAACAAACACUUCCUCGUUUUCUUACUGUAGAAUUUCAUACUAAAAUGCCAGUUUUAUAUUGUUUUUCUACCUGUUGCCUUCCUUAUGCUACAGACAUUUGUGAAAAUAAAUUUAUUUCUGCUUUUG